AUGUCCGUAACAAUGUCCCCAGCCCAGGCAUCCGCCCUCCCCAGCGACCUACGCAACAGCAUCUACUCCUCUCUCCUCUCCAGCGGCGGAAUCCGCACCAUCGAAUCCACUUUGACCCAACUUCUACAAACCUCCGGUUUCCAAGCCAGCCUACGGGCCUACAUAACCGAGCUAUUCCGGACGGGGCAAGCGACAACAGCGAAUGAGGCGUAUAGCUUGGCGAUGAACCGGAUUAAGGUGUGCAUGGCUGAGGGUGCUGGCGCAGAGAAAGAUGGGGGGAGGGCGAAUGGGCAUGUGAACGGGGACGGAGAAGAGACGGAGGUUGGUGACCUGAGGUUACCCAGUGAGGUGGUGGGUGAGGGGACUAAGGUUGUGAGGAGGGAGUUGGAGAGAGUUGUUGAGAUUAAGAUGGAGUGAGGGACAUGAGCGCGGGCUUUGAGAACGAUAAGUUUGAAUCAACGUAGAAGGGUCCAAGGGAUAGCGACCUGCUAGCUGGGGUCAGUAUCAUGGUUAUGAGCAGAUCUUGCCGUGCAUGUUUGCAGUUCAGGACGCCAUCUA